CUCUGUCGCAGGUUAAACAUGGCCGCGCUCUUAAGAUCUACCCGGCUGCUGAAGCUCUCACCUUCUCCUUUGCUCCGAGUGAAGAUAAACAGUCAUGGGCCGCAGAUUCAUCGCUUAUACAGCGGCGCGGUCUGCGGGAGAGGAGCUCGAGCAUGUGCGCACGAGCUCGCUGUGAGGUCUCUGAGUGUGAGCAGGUCUGCUUGGUCCUCUCAGGGUCUGCGGUGCUUCAGUGCAGCUGCUGAGAGGAAAGGUGUGGUGAAAGAUGAACCUAGUAUUGCAUUACGCACCAAGCAGGCCCAGCAGUUCGACUGGGCUCUCGCUAAGCUAGACAGCUCGGUCAGACGCACCGGUCGAGUCACCAAAACAUUGAUUCAGCGCAUCUUUCAUGACAUCUGCCGAACAGGAUAUCCCAGUAGCAAUCAGGCCCUGCUGUUGCUGAGGAGCUGUGGUUCACUCUUGCCUGAGAUGCCCCUUGAAGAGCGCAAUCAGCUGGCACACCGGAUCUGGGAGAAGCUGCAGGAGUUGGGUGCCACGUACGAUGUAAGCCAUUACAAUGCGCUGCUUAAAGUCUACCUGCAGAAUGAGUUCAAAUUCUCGCCCACUGAUUUUCUUGCCAAGAUGGAAGCGGCCAAUGUGCAGCCCAACAGAGUGACGUAUCAGAGACUGAUUGCAGCAUACUGUCAAAACGGUGACAUUGAAGGCGCAAGUAAAAUCUUGGGCUUUAUGAAGAGCAAAGACUUACCCAUCACGGAGGCCGUGUUCAACUCUCUGGUGACGGGGCACAGCCGAGCUGGAGACAUGGAGAGUGCGGAAAACAUCCUGUCGGUCAUGAGAGGGGCGGGUAUCGAGCCAGGCCCAGACACUUACCUUGCUUUACUUGUGGCUUAUGCCGAAGUGGGGGACAUGACCAAAAUCAAAGAGACUCUGAACACGGUGCAGAGCAAAGAGGUCAACCUUAUGGACAGAGACCUGAUGCAGGUGGUGUUCAGUCUGGCUAGAGCUGGCCAUCAGCAGUAUGUCCCUGAAAUAGUGGAGAGCAUGCGGCAUGAGAGAGGCUACGUGCCAGAUGCAAUGAACCUGUGCCUGAGUCUUAUCACGCAGGGCUUUGAGGACACUGCGUUUACUGUGCUGAAAACCUUCCCCGGUUUACAGACAGAGCUGCAGGACGGGGAAACUCUAAACAUGGGCAACUUUUUCCUCCGGCAUUGUGUCAACAUGAAUAAGUCUCCUGAAAAGUUGGUCAGUUUCUGCACACAGCUGAAGGAUUCCAACCUGCACUCUUCACCACUGCAGUUUACACUGUACUGCGCUCUGGAGUCCAAGAACACAGCCAUGGCAGUAGAGGUGAUGAAGAAGAUGAAGGAAGAAAGUCUUCCCAUCAGGCCUCACUACUUCUGGCCCCUUUUAAUCAAGCACCAGAAAGACAAGAACAUAUCAGGUACUCUGGAGGUCCUGAAGGCGAUGCAAGAGCUGAACGUUCAUCUCGACGUUGACACUUACUCUACAUACGUGCUACCUACUUUCAACUCAGUCGACAGCGCCCGCGUUGCUCUUAAGGACGCUGGUUGUGCAGUCGACACUGACGACUUCGUUGCAGCAGAAGUGCGAACUGUGGCAGCGAGUGGAAGACUUUCCGAGCUUUAUUCUCUGUUGUCUUCAGCCACCUUUCCAGGCACUUCUCUUAGUUCUUUCAGAGGAAGCCUGAUCAGUGGCUUUAGGGGGUCUAAAGAUGUGCAGAGCAUGGCUAAGAUCACAGAGCUGCUUUAUAAAGAUAGCCGCUUUGGUGAGGCUGAGACAGACCGAGCAGAAGACACAGCCUACUUUCUCUUUAACCUUUUUGAUGGAAUGACUGAGACUGAUGUGCAGGCCAAAGAGGAGAUGUUGAGAGAAUACCUCAAUCAGCUCAGCAGUAUGAACAUUAUCAUUCACGUUAACAUCUACAGAGGAAUCAGGAACAUCCUAAACUCCUACCAUGUGCCAGAGUUAAUUAAGGACGUUCUUGCUCUUGUGGACAAACAAAGCCGGGAAGACACCGAGUCUAAGGUUCUUGAAGGGAAGCUAGGCAUUCAGGAAAGAAAGCUGGAGGAGCUGAAAUCCAAAGGGAAGCCGUUUGGAAGUGUGUUCAGGCAGCUGAUCGCUUCUCUGUGUGCUGAGGAGAACCUGUCCCAUGCUCUGGAGCUAAAAGCUCAGUAUGAGGAUGAAAUGACUGCCAGUUGCUAUGCCCAGCUCAUCAACCUGUGCUGUCGGCACGACAACCCGGAGGAAGCACUGAACCUCAAGAGAGAGCUUGCCCGUAAGGAUUCCGAGGUCACGCUGGAUGCCAACAAAUACAUGAGCUUGGUCAGGGUGCUCACCAAACAUGGCAGGGUUGAAGAGGCUGUGGACAUCCUGAAAGAGAUGAAGGAGAAGAAUGUGAGGAUGUUGGACACCACGACCACCAGGUUGUUCCACGUUCUCAACGCAGCCGCUCUGAAGGGCGACGUCGCCACCAUACGCCGCCUGCAGGACGCGGUGUUCACCUUAGGCCUGGUCAAGCCCACCAGCAACCUCUGCUCACCUCUGGUUUCCGCUUACCUGGAGAGUGGGGACGUGACUGGAGCUCUGGAGGCGAGCAUGGAUUGCCAGAAACAGUACAACCAAAUGCCCCGCAUUCAUGACAUCAUCUGCUGUCUGGUGGAGAAAGGAGAGACUGAGCCACUACAAAAAGCUAUGGACUUUGUGAGCCAGGAGCGCGGCGAGAUGAUGAUGCUCUACGACCUUUACUUCGCGUUCUUGCAGACGGGCCGCUACAAGGAGGCACGCAAAAUCCUUGAGACCCCUGGUUUGAGGGCGAGAGCUGGUCGGCUACAGUGGUUUGCUGAGAAGUGCAUUGCAUCUCAGCAGAUGGAGCCUCUUGAAAACAUGGUGGAUAUGACCGCAAAGCUGUUUGAAUGCGACCGAGACGAGAUGUACCACUACUUGCUGCGCCUCUGCAAGGACACCAACGACUGGCAAAAGGCAGAAGCAGUCUGGACUAAAAUGCAGGAGGAGAAUGUGAUUCCCAGAGAAAGAACUCUGCGCCUGCUUGCUGAUAUCCUCAAGAGCAACGACCAGGAAGUGCCCUUUGACAUGCCCGAGCUGUGGUAUGAACAACCUGAAGGCGAGGAACACUCUGAGGACAUCCAUCAAGAGAGCUUAAAAGUGGAAGAAAGUAAUGGCUUCGCAGUGUCCCCUGCAAAAGAGACUAAACCCCAUGAUUAUCACCUAACUGUUAUGGCUCUGAGCAAAAAAGGAAAAGUUGAAGAGGCCUUCAAGGUGGUAAAAGAGACCCACAGGAAGGGUGUGGCUCUUGGAGCUGGUUCAUAUGACAUCCUGAUCAAGGCCCUGCUGGCCAGAGGAAACCUGAAGGGUGCCAUGGAAGUCAAAGACAUCGCUUCCAAACAUAUCGCAGGAUUCAAGCUGAGCGAAAUGGCCAACAAUCUCCAUAUAGUCACACUGCUAAAGCAAGGAGACAUUAAAGGGGCGUCGGCUAGUUUUAAGGACAUGCUGAAGUCUGAACAGGUGCCUUCACAACUGGCUAUUACCCGAUUGGUCCAGGGCCUGGGUAGCCAAGGAGACAUAGCGGGCAUCGACGAAGUGGAAAGCUUGGUUAAUACUUUGGGAUCCACCAUCAACCUGUCCUACAUGCUGUUUGUGAACAACAAGGCUAUUGCUCAUAUCAAAAACGGAGACCUUAACAGUGCAGUGGAAGGGCUCGAGACGUUAUACACCCAAAACCCAGAUGGUCCACAAAAAAGUAUUGCCUUUGUCUACCGUAAAGUCCUUGAAGCCUACAACAGGGAUGCACUUGAUAAAUUAAGUGCCAUGGCGGAGCGGCUGUGUAAUCACUUUGCCAUCUACAGACCUGCCACAGACCUCUUUCUGCAGUACAUAGACGCAGGCAAAGUAGAGGAUGCCAGGUUUCUGUUACAGCGAUGUGCAGCAGUGGCUGAGCAGAAGGAAAAUAUGGUGGCCUACAUGACCAACGUUUCUCAGAGUCCAGGGCAGAUUGCCAAAAUAAAGAACCUGCUCGAACUUAUCCCAGACAUUGACAAAGAAAAAGCCUGCACCUUCCUGUUGAAAUGCUAUAGUGUGGAUAAGGACCUGACUUCAGCCAAGGCUCUUUAUCAGCAGAUGCAAGAUGAAGGGCUGCAUGUGAACGAGUUGUCUCUGAAGAGACUGGCCAUGCUGUACAAGAAUGCCGGCGAGGCCGUGCCCUUCGAAGAGCCACCAGAGACCUUCAAAUUCUACGCAGACAAACUGAAGGGCGCACAGACCCAGAGUUCUACAGAUAACUAGAUUCAUUUUGUUCUUCCUUUGUCUCUCUUUUUUUUAUAUAUAUGUAAACCCAGAUCCUCUACUGCUGUGAAGUCAGUGAUGCUUGUUAAACUCUCGCUCAUUACAACUGCAUUGAAAACAAUGUCGUGUACAGAAGUAUUUAUGCUAAUAAAUGUGUUACCAAUGUU